AGCUGCCACUAAACAUGGACUCAGAACCUCCGUUUGAAGAGGCUUACAAGUCCCUCUUGGUCAUGGAGGAGAACUCUAAAGAAGUAAAACUCAUGAGCAAUGUAGUUGAAGAGGAGUGCCAGCUCCCUGUAAUCGAUCUCAGCCCUUUACAUGGAAGUAGUGAAGCUGAGAAAGAAGAGUGUAAGAGAGAGAUAGUUAGGGCUUCAGUAGAGUGGGGUUUCUUUCAAGCUGUGAACCAUGGAAUAUCUCAGGAGGUUCUGAAGAGGAUGCGGCGAGAGCAGGUGAAGUUAUUCCGGCAGCCGUUCAAGAAGAAGACCGGCAUUGGCAGCGGAGGGAAGGUUUCAGGUGUACCGGGAGGUAGCUACCUGUGGGGGACUCCAACGGCAACAUGUUUGAAACAGUUCUCUUGGACUGAGGCUUUCCAUAUCCCUCUUGCUGAUGUUUCCAAGUCUGUUAACACCAACACUACUCUCAGCUUGACCAUAAAAGAGUUUGUCACAAAAGCUUCCUCUUUGGCCCAAAUAAUAGCCGAGAUUUUAGCAGAGAAUUUGGGUCUCAAGUCCUCUUUCUUCAGGGAAAGCUGUUGCUUCAACACUUGUUAUCUUCGAAUGAACAGAUACCCACCAUGUCCCUUACCCUUUACAGUCUUUGGAUUGAUGCCACACACUGACACCAAUUUCCUCACAAUACUGCAUCAAGAUGAGGUUGGAGGGUUGCAGUUGGUGAAAGAUGGGAGAUGGGUAACUGUUAAACCCAAUCCAGAAGCUCUAAUAAUCAACAUUGGUGACUUGUUUCAGGCAUGGAGCAGUGAUGUUUACAAGUCUGUGAAACACCGAGCCAUGAGCAAUAGGUGGUUGGAGAGAUUCUCUGUGGCAUAUUUCUUUUGUCCUUCUUAUGAUACUAUAAUACAGAGUAACAGGGAACCUGCGGUUUAUAGAAAGUUUAGCUUUAGAGAGUAUAGACAACAAGUUCAAGAGGAUGUUCGAACAACAGGUAACAAGAUAGGGCUUCCUAGAUUUCUUCUUUGA